UUCAUGGAUAAUAUCAGAAUCGAUUGUACUGAGUAUCCACAGUAUCUGUUGUGUUUGCCAAUACACGAUGAGCUCCUGCAUAUUCAUGGAUUUUUGAGAAGGUCAAUGAAUAGGUCUUUCGAAUUUUGAGCUGCAGUCUUCAUUCAACUUUCGUAGCUCGAGUAUUUCACGAAGCAUUUCUCACUCUUCAAUCUUCACUCAACUAUGUCAUAGAACUCCGAAAGGAUGGAAAAUCAAUUUAUCAGGAUUUUAUUACUAAUCAUCACCGUAAUAUCGCCAUCGUCACCAUUGUACAGCCCCACGGAAUAUGAGGCUCAAUUGGUAGCCAAAGUUAUUGGGUAUCGAUUACCCACUAAUACAGCUCCAAGAUUAUACAUCUUGAAAUUAGAGCCUCACAUUGAUGAUAAACUCUUCACCUUUGAUGGCACCAGUAGCACUGUCUUCGAGGUGCUUGAUCCGACAUCGAGUGUAACUUUACAUGCCGCUGCGUCAAUGAAAAUUGAUGAGACGUACACCAACCUCGUGCAUAGUAAUGGUACAGAGGAAAAACCUGUUUCUCAGAAAUACAACUCAAAUCUGCAAUUCUUUAAUCUUCGAUUCUCUAAUGAAUUGAGACUGGGAAAUUACACGUUGAAACUGAAAUGGAAGGGAGAUGAUUCCACCUGGUUACGAGGAUUCUACAGAGCAUCGGAUAUUAAUGAUUACGGAAAAUCUCAGUACAUGGUGGCGACGCAUUUUGAGCCAGUAACAGCUCGAAAUGCUUUUCCCUGUUGGGAUGAGCCGGGUGUUAAGGCUGAAUUCGAAAUAUCUCUGAAGCAUUACGACAAUUAUACAGCGCUCUCGAAUAUGCCUGUGAGAGAGGAAACAUCGAGUGAGGAUGGAAAGGUAUGGACGCACUUCCAGAGGACUCCAGUCAUGUCAACUUACUUAGCAACAUUCGUUGUGGCUCCUUACACCAGUGAUACAAAUAGAGAUGGUAAUAUGACGUUCUGGGUACCGUCGAAUAAACUGGGGUCCAUCACUGUUAGUUUGGAAUUGAGUCCCAUGGUUGUCGAUGCGAUGCAAAAUUAUACCGGAAUUCCUUACUCCCUGCCUAAACUGGAUGCUGUUUUCGUUCCUUCGUAUUCCUCUGGAGCAACCGAACACUGGGGUCUCAUCAGUUACGUGAAUUACGUCUUAUUUGAGCCAGGUGUUAGCACACAUCGACAGCUGAUAGCGACUGUAUCAAUAACAGCUCAUGAAAUUAUUCAUCAGUGGUUCGGAAAUUUGGUGACUCCUACGUGGUGGAGUGAUCUAUGGCUGAGUGAAGCCUUUGCUGUUUAUCUGGCACCUAAAAUUAUCGAUAAGAUUAUACCCAAUUUCCACGCAAUGGAUCUCUUCGUCACUGAAACUGUUAAUCGUGUAUCAUUUGAAGCAGAAAAACACAACAGUGAUCCCCGUCCCAUCAGAUGGGUGCCUGAUUCUCCGGAGGAAGUUCGUCGCAUGUUUUCUUCUGUAACCUAUCGAAAAGGAGCUGCUGUACUUCGAAUGCUGGAGCACAUGAUAACCGAGGAGGCAUUCCAUCUGGGCAUAAUGAAAUAUCUCGAUAAACACCAAUACGGGUCAGUAGAAGCCAACGAUUUAUGGCGAAGUCUUCAGGACGGAUACAAUGAGAAAAAAGUGGCCCCUCAUUUGAAUAUAAAGGAAAUCAUGAAUCCGUGGGUGGAGCAGACUGGAUAUCCACUCCUAAAUGUCACACGAGAUUAUAAAACUGGAUUCACCAGUAUAACUCAGAGCAAUGCCUUGGAUCCAGAAUCUGAAAAUCUUUGGACAAUUCCCAUAAAUUAUGCAACAACAUCACGACCUGAUUUCUCUUCAACUCGCCCGAUGCAUUUUAUGCGACGUGCAAACGAGAGUUUCACGAUUUAUGGAAUUGAUAGAAAUGAUGGGAUAAUUAUGAAUAUUCAGCAAACAGGUUUUUAUCGAGUCGAUUAUGAUUGGCAAAAUUGGGAGCGUAUCGUUGCAUAUCUGAAUUCGGAAAAUUAUCACAAAAUUCAUGUUCUAAAUCGUGCCCAAUUGCUUCAUGAUGUCGCCUAUUUUGCGGAUAAAGAUGAACGCUAUUAUGAACUAUUGCUGGAUAUGGCGGCUUAUCUACGCAGAGAAACAAACUUCCUGCCUUGGGCGGCUAUUUCCGCAGUGAUGGACCGAUUUGCAAUGCCGUUGAUGAAUACAUCCACCUAUGAGUUCUUCAGAAGUUUUAUGUUACAUCUUAUGAAUAAUAUAGUAGAUCAUGUUGGAUUCGAAGAACGCGUACUGGUCGAUGACAAUUUAGUGGCUCUGACGAGGGCUGAGCUUUUCACGUGGGCAUGUGCUUUCGGUCAUGAAGGAUGCAAAGCCAUAGCUCCAAUUAAACUCAUGGACAUUCUCCAUGGAAAACUCUCGGAAUCGGUUAGGAAGGAGAAUCCAUGGAUUUACUGUACUGCCCUAGCUAAUGCCAACGAAACCCUGUGGGAUCUUGUGAUGAACGCCCAUUGGGCAAAUCCUGUGGAACACAAUGCUUUCCAGUACCUGGGGUGUACAAAAAAUCAUCAUUUGAUUAAAAAAUAUCUCACUCUAGCUUUUGCAGAAAAUGCCACUCUUUUGUCCAACGAUGUGGGCGAGGCAUUGCAAUCCAUGAUUAUGGGACCAGUGGAUAAUUACAACUUUGGGCUUGACUAUUUUAUUGAAAACAUUGAUUCCAUACGACAGUAUAUGAAUGAGAGAGGUGCGACUUACAUUAUCCAGAAACUUUGUGAUGGCUUUGCAAGAGGAACUAAAACCCUGAGCCAAUUUGAAAAGUUGACAAAAUUUCUCAAUAAAGAAACUGAAAAUGGAAAAAUCAGCAAUAUCAGGGACUUCAUUGACCUAGCAAGAGAAUCCAUGAGGACUUCUGAGAACACAGUGGCAUUAUUCAACUCCAUUUUACGAAAAAAACCAUAUCUUGUAAAUUUCGUAGAGCAUUAGAGUGUAAAUAUGGCGGUCAGCAGAUUCCACCAACUGUAAAUUCGGAAUAAUCAGAAAUUUUUUUAAUAAAUGUACCCUUUUCUCAUUA